UCAUUCGGCGCUGAAGCUGUUAAAAAUCUUAUCGAGCAGUAUUUUAAAAUUGCACAAGGAUGAGAUAAGUGACAUACUUAGAGGACCUGCUGACCCUACAAACCCAACAGCUAGUACAACCCAAACGAAAGAAGAUGAAAAAUCAACAACUAUGAAAGAUCAAAAGCCAAAAUACUCUUCUCAAAUGCUAUUUGUUGCUGCAAAGAAUGGCAACAAGACAUUUAUAGUUGAGCUCAUUCGUCGAUAUCCAGAUCUAAUAAGGAAGGUUAAUGAUAAUAACCAAAGUAUAUUUCAUGUAGCUGUUUCAGAUCGUCGCAAGGGUAUCUUUGAUUUGUUAAAUGAAAUAGGCUCAAUUAAGGAUUCAGUAAUACAUCUUGAAGAUGAAAAUGGGAAUAACACUUUGCAUUUAGCCGGGGAGAGAGCAAAGAGUAACCAACUUCAGGACGUGCGUGGAGUAGUUAUGCAAAUGCAACAAGAGCUAUUGUGGUUCAAGGAAGUAGAGACAAUUCUCCCUUAUUCUUUACGAGUAAAGAAGAAUGCAUCGGGUCUAACACCCCGUGAAGUAUUCACAAAGAAUCACAAAGAUCUAGUAACCAAAGGUGAGAAAUGGAUGAAAGAAGUAGCCGCCCAAUUAAUGGUGGUCUCAACACUUAUAGCCACUGUAGCAUUUGCAGUACCUUUCACAGUUCCUGGCGGAUUCCAUCAGGAUACCGGUACUCCUAUCUUUAUUAACAGAAGUCUUUUUACAACUUUUAUCACAUCAGAUGCACUAUCUUUGAUGUUCGCUUCAACAUCACUUCUUUACGUCAUAUCCAUCCUUACUACUCGUUUGCUGAACGCGACUUGGUGGUGAAGUUGCCUACCAAGUUGAUGGGAUGCCUCGAAACACUUUCCUAUGCUUUGGUGGCCAUGAUGUUAACUUUUGUUAUUAGCUUCUUUAUGUUAUACCAGAACAAGUCACUAGGUGCACCAAUAUCGGUUGCUGUAUUUGCUUUCCUAGUCUUUUGUUUCUUUACAUACGAGAUAUAUCCUCUUUUUGUAUAUAUGAUUUUGUCGAAGGCUCGUUAAUCGGGUCAUUCAUUCAUUUUACGAAAAUAGCACGUAACAUACAAUGGAGUUAUAUAUUAUGUAAGUUUUUACCAUAUAUUUUCUCUU